UAGAACCUAUCCCAUCUAGCUGGGACAGACUUAAACCUGCACAUGAAAACAGAUGUACUGGACCUCUCCACUCCCCACUAAAAGAAACAAGAAACAAGAAACAAGUCGGUGUAAAAAACACCCUCCUCAACCCUGAUGAUCAUCAUCUAGGAAACAAGUCCGAGGUCGAAUCGGAGAAUUAUCCGCAGGACUAUCUAUAUCUUCACAACUACUAUACAUACUGUUACAAUUCCCAAAUCUCAUCUUUCAGUUUCCUCUACCAAUACGUACAUCAUAUCUUCAACAUAUAACACCACCCCAACUAAUUCCACCAUGACCAAACCAAUAAUCCUCCACCUCGGCGACCCCAUCGCCUACAACCACGACCUCUACAACGGGCCCCUCUCCACCCGCUUCACCAUCAUCCGGGAUACCUCCCCGACGCGAGAAGCUUUUAUCGAGGCUUUGAAGUCUGACAAAUACGGCCCCAUCACCGCCCUCUUCCGCCCGCACUUCUCCUCCGGCAAAACCAUGUCCCCCUGGGACACCGAACUAAUCUCUCUCCUCCCACCGAGCGUAAAGAUCUUUGCCUCCGCCGGCGCAGGCUACAACGACGUUCACAUCCCAUCGCUCACGGCGCGCGGGAUCUACUACACGAACGGGGCGGGCGCGUCCGACGAAGCCGUCGCCGACACAACGCUGUACAUGAUCCUGAGCGUAUUCCGGAACUUUACUGCGUCGCAGAUUGCCGCGAGGUCCGGGGAUGAAGAGAAGUUCAUGGACUGUCAUAAGAAUUUGGCGGACGUGUCGGUGAAUCCGAGGGGGAAGGUGUUGGGGCUUAUUGGGCUGGGGAGGAUAGGGAGUGAGGUGGUGAGGAAGGUGAGGGGGGCGUUGGGGAUGGAGGUGGUUUAUUAUGAUGCGGUGAGGGUGGAUGAGAGGAGGGAGAGGGAGUUGGGGGUCAGAUGGGGGGGUGGGGUGAGGGGGGUUUUGGAGAAGGCGGAUUGUGUGUCGGUGCAUUGUCCGUUGAAUGAGGAGACGAGGGGGUUGAUUGAUGGGGAGAAGAUUGGGUGGAUGAAGGAGGGGGUGAGGAUUGUUAAUGUGGCGAGGGGGGGUGUGGUGGUUGAGGAGGAUUUGGUGGAGGGGUUGAGGUCGGGGAAGGUGGCUGCUGCGGCGUUGGAUGUUCACGAGUUUGAGCCCGUUGUUGAUGCUAGGUUGAGGAGUAUGGAGAAUGUUACUCUUACGACGCAUGUUGGGGGCGGGGCGGUGGAGACUAGGAUUGGGUUUGAGAGGUUGGCCAUGGAGAAUAUUUUGAAGGUGAUUGGGGAUGAUGGGGAGGUCGUCGGGGAGCCGCUUACGGCUGUUAAUGGGAGGGAGGUUAGGGAGGUGUGGGAGAGGAUGGGGAGGGAGUAG